GCAGGAAUGACCCAAACAAACAACGUUAACUUUAUUCGCAGCAGGGCUCAUCUGUUUAUUCAGCAUUUCUUCAGAUGGUAGGAGUAACUGGUCCUAAGAAAGAUGGAUGUGGCCAGAGUAGAUGCUUCCAGUGAAGGUGCUACUAUGCUCCAGCCCAGACACCCUGCGGUUGAAAAUUCUUCUGUGUUUAUGAUGAAGAUUAUCGUAAUAAGAUUCAAAGCACAGCACCAGCUGUCCUGGGGUGUGAAAAUCAGGAGGAAGUUGAAAAGCGUGGCUCCGUUCCAGGGCAGGUUCAGGCCGAUGGUCGGACAGUGCUGUCACCAGUGCACUCCACAGAGUAUGGAUCUGAAGUUUCGGUGUAACUCUCCUCCUCUGGGCUUUCAGAACCUGACAUGUGUGAACGAGACGCACACCAGGUACCGUGGCUGGUUAGUGAGGAGGGUGUGUUGUUUGCUGUUUGUGUGGGGUCGUGAAGUUCACCUGAGCCAUGCUGGAGACAGACGGCACAAUGUCCUCGCCAGCGAGAGAGUGAAGCAGGCUCUUUUAACAACACGCGGCUCAGGAGAGACCAGGCCGACAGAACCGGUGAUGCCUGAGGUCACAGGUUAUUUUGGAAGACUCCUGGAUCUCACAGAGACCUUCAUCUCCCCAACCCUGCUCCGGCUGGUGAGCUGGGUGAUGCUGAAGUUUUUCAGUUUAAUGUUUUGUAGCGUGCAGCUGAACCUCAACCAGCUGGCUGCUUUACACCACGCCACCAGACAGAAAACUCCUCUCAUCUACGUGUGCGUCCGGCAGAGCCCAGUCGAUCAUGCUUUGAUUUGUCUGACGCUUUUCUGCCACAACUUGAGGGUCCCCUAUACCCUCUACCCGGCGCCGGUCCAACAAACCUGGCUAAGGUCCAUUCUUAAGAGGCUGGGCGUCAUUCUGCUCCCUAAAGAUACAGGCUCAGAGCGGGACGCUGAGAUGGACAGCCUCUAUUCGCCAGUCAUGACCUCUUUCAUUGGCGAGCUUUUACGAGAGGGGGCCGGGCUCAGCGUGGGCAUCUCUGCGGGCGGAGGUCAGGGCGGGCAGUGGCUCGCUCGUGUACGCCAGGCCAUCGUCGACGGUCUGGUGCCCAACGUUAGCAUCGUGCCAGUGGCCGUUUCCUACGACUGCCUGCCACGCCACUUUAUACGUCCACAGACUGGCCUGAUGUCUGCUCUGAGGUUUGUGGUCUUGCUGCUAAAGGGUGAUCAGAGAGGAAGUGUUAGGAUCCAUUUUGCACAGGCUUUCUCUCUGAAGGAGAUGUGCGAAAGUGGAAAGUGUCGUGUGGAUGGAGGGCACCCCCUACAGGAGCUGCUGUUGUCCGCUGUACUGCAUGAAAGGACGGACUCCAUCUUUGGCCAGAAGGACGUUUCCUGGAUCCUCCCACCGUCGGUCAUGCCCGAACUGACCCCUGCAGAGAGGCAGCAGACCAUUGCUCUAACUCUUCAUCUGAUGUACUCAUCAACUAAGAGUAUGGCCGUCAUGUCCACCAGCCUCGUGUCCUGUUUGUUGCUCCACAAGCAUCGCAAGGGUGUACGUUUAUCAGCGCUGUGUAGGGACAUCUGUUGGCUGUUGGAGGAGGUGUUAUUCAGAAACACUGAUGUGGGUUACGGCGGUUCUUUGGUGGGACUCGUGCAUCACGCACUCUCUAUGCUCCGCCCACAUCUGCUCAUUGCCGCAGCUCCGCCCACCAGAGAGCCCGUCAUUGUGCUGCGGCCCGACCCAGAGUCCCUGCUCACACUGAGCCAACACUGCAAUCUGCUCACUCACAUCUUCAUACACGCGGCUGUGGGAGCAUGUGCCGUUUCAGCCAUGCUGAGGGAGGUUGUAGGCUGUGGAGGGGGUGGAGACCAGGAGUUUGAUGUGGUUCUCGGCCAAGACGAGCUGGUGGAGAAAAUCCUCCAACUCACACAUUUACUUUCACCUGGAUACAUACCACCGUGUCAGACAGCUCACGGGUUUGCUCUUGAUGCGGUGGAUUGUCUGGUGCAAUGUGGGGUUCUUGUUAUGGAGGAGGUUCAGAGUGAGACACCAAUGUGUGACUUCAUGAAGAGACAGGGUGUGUUAUCAUGGAGAGCUUCAGACAACCCUAACCAGAGCAGUGAUUCAGACUGUGAGGAACCAGGUACACAAUCGUAUAAGUUGAGUCAGCCGUCUCAGUGCCCAGAAAUGCUGUUUUUUCUCUGUAGUUUGCUGAGCGUCCAGCUGAGAGCUUUGUGCUGGACUUUAGAAAGCCUUCAUUACCUCCCCUUACCUACUACAGAAACAGCUUGUGUGAGCCAACUACACAUGCACUUGAAGAACAGAGCUCAGCUGGACAAAGUGCACUACGAAAGCUCAUCUAUUGACUUGGUGAGAAUGGCUCUUCGUACCUUUAUUGAUCUCGGGGUGUUGAUCGAAGACACACGAGAAGAUGUGUAUCUAGACAUCGGUCCUCUGUUCGCUCAGCGUGAGAACAAAGAAAAGCUCUUGCAGUUUUUCUCACAGUUUCUGUAUAAAUAGAAGAGUAAAAGAGACGGCGGUCUCAACUGGGAUACAACCAGAGGCUUUUCUGAGCAUGCUCUUCUGUUUAAAUUCCAAAUCCCAGUUUAAACCUCUAUGGUUUUAAGCAGUUUCUGCCUGUGAUGUUGUUUUACGUUCAUUGGACUUUAAGGCAUAGCUUUG